AUGGUGAAUCCUAGUGUUGAGGCUGCAGAGCGUUUGACAGGGCUAUCGCGGAAUGCGAAACGCGUCCGUGAUCGAAAUGCCAGGGCAGCCGCAAAGAAGUUGGCUCAGGCCAAAUCGCAGGCCUCCCACAUGCUGCGACCGACUACAGAGGUGAGGCGCGGUCGUCCGCGUAAGUCUUCACAGCCACUCUUGGAGUCGAACAAGCGAAGUGUCUCCAGAAGUGCCAUGCAGACGAGACCUCGACGCUCGAUGAACAUUCGCCACCACAUUGACUGGAAGUUCUGCUAUGGUGAUGCAAGUGAGAGGACGAGGUUGCAGAAAGGCGGUGAGGUUGCAAUCAUCCGCAAACGUUGUGCACCAACCUCUAGUCAUACGUCUGCAGAUGAGAAUGAGGAGGAGGGGGAGGAGGAAGCAGAAGCAAAGGAGCAGAGGAGAGGGUUGGAGCAAACAAGAGGUGCAGGAGGUGAAGCAAAGCAUGAGACUGGAAUCGUUCAAUGCAAGGGAAUGGGUGCUGAGGCGGACAUUUCACUUGUGAAGAGUGGUGCGGAUGUGGCAACGCAGGAGGCGAGUGUGCUGCGUGGCAGUGAUUUGAGGAGGUGUGCAAGGUCGAUGCUGUUUGAGAGAAAACGCCGAAGAAAUGUACUUCGAUUAGCAUGUGCACAGUCGAGAUCACGGUCUAGGAGCUUGUCGGAGUCAUCAAACGACUUCGAUGGAGGUGCGAGAUGCUACCCACGUAAGGUUGCCGUUGUCAGGCAGUCGCAUGAAGUGGGUUUCCUUGCGGGUCAACGCAAGAGAAGGGGCUGUUUCUAUGCCAGGCCCUCGAGGGCGUUUGCAGCGGCAAGAAAUGCUGUUGCCUCUACUACAGUAGGUGAUGCUGAGGUGCACAUGGAGAGGGCGCGUGCUCUACAUCAUCGGCGUGACUUGCAUCGAAGACUCACUCUGUUGGACCGUGUGGUGUUGGGUCUGACCUGUAGUGUGGUGCAGGAUGGCGACGAGAUUCACAUCAAGCAGCUUCACAGCGACGACCUCAGUAUCCUCCUGCAGCGGGUCACCGAGACUGGCUUCAACAUCAAUGGACUUUCUACCAAAACCAAUGCCAAUAGUGAACAGGAGUUCAAUAUCACUCUCGCCUAUCACCCCAGAGGUGAGGCGUUGGUUCGGCAAGUGCGGAAGCGCAAUACCUCGGGUGCACAAUCAUCGCCAUCGACGACGACGACGACGACGACGACGACGACGACGAUGUUAGCAUCGAACGCUUUUCGCGGCGCGCAGGUCCUCUCACCGACUUCUGUUGCUGCUGCUACUGUUGGUGGCAGUGCUGGUGCCACUGGCGAUACUGUGUGCUUGGAUACGCGCUCCGAUGGUGAGAGCGGACUGAAAGGACGUGAGCUGGUAGUCUGCGACUCGCCGCCGUCUCUGCGACCCAGUUCCGCCAUGGGUUACAACAGGAGCCGCGUAUUGAGUGUGGCGGCUCGUCGCAGAGGUGUGCAGUUAGGUGGGGGACGCAUGCUGCAUCCUCUGCAUCGUAUGGGGAUGCGGCAUCUGAGCGCUGCGGCCGCUGCAGCUGCGGCCGCUGCUGUUGCAAGGUCGUCGGGAAGUGUGACGCGACGUCCGCGCUCACGAGACAGCGAUGCAGCGGAGGAAGGUGGUGACGAUGGAGAGGGAGUGCCUCAUGCCCAUGCUCACAGUCUUGGUCACCAGUCUCACCAUCCUGCUUCUCCGUUUGUGUUGCCCCUCGCGGGGGGACUGAGUUUUCGUCGACACAGCCCUAGAAAGGUUAUUCGCAAGGUAUACACGGGCACCUCGACAGUGCCGAAAAUUCUGAACAGAAGGCGUCUGUUGAUUGCUGGUGGCACUCACUUGUCAUCUCAACAAGCGUCACAGCCAUCGGUGCCACCGUUUGCGCUCUCCCAAACGACUACGACGGUGGCGCCAGUGGGAGUGACGAUGUCGUCGAUGUCGACCGGAGGAAGCGGUGCCGGGGAGGUGGUGAUGGCGAGGGAAAAUCAGUCGUCGCAGGCGUUUUCUCGGGUAUAUAGCUCCGUUGCAAUCGAGGCCGCAACGGCAGAAGCCCUGGUGGAGUCCUCCGAGAAGCGGGUGAGCAGAGGGUUGGGCGAAGAAGUGGUCCACAUGGGCAGUUCCACUGUCGGCACUGCCGCCGGUGCUGCUGUCGGCGUGUCUGGAGGAUCUGUCUCGGAAGUGGUCGCUACGACUGUCGCCGUUGCUACGACGACUGUUAGUGCUGCAGGUGCAACGCUACAGCCGCUGCCUCCAAGCGAAGAGGAGGGUCGCAAGAACCCGGCGAACUUAAUGUGUGCCAGUCAACUGCUGCGUCUGAAACGGCACCACGAUGAGCAGCAUCAGUUGUCGUCAGUGCCAGUGUCUCUGUCCCCACCUCCACCCGCAGUGGAUGCACCGUCGCCUUCUUUGUCUUCGUCACAGUCUGUGCAGAAGAGUCAGCGGAAGUUGAAUCCUGUCCAGCAGCGCGUGGAGCCUGCUGGACUCGCAGGUACUGCUGAUAUCGACGACGGUGCAGACUUUGAGCUCAGUACUGCCCUCAUUCAUCCGCCACCACCACCACCACCGCUGCCGCCACCACCGCCACAGCUUCAGUCGACUGCACCCUCUGUACUGCCCACGACUGUUCACCAGACUGUUCCUAUCGUCGCGAAGGUGAACGAGCCCCUUCGAGAAACUGCAGGCAAACGUCCGUUGAUUCCGGUCGAAAACGCAACUACUGCAUCAGUGUUUCCCGCCACAGCGCAACAUGCAUUCGAUGUGUGUGGAAAGGCAGGCUUCCUCACCGGACGCCCGGUGAUUGCAGCAGGCAGAGGUGUGGUUUCCACUGUGGCUGCUGCUGCCACCGUAGCUGCGACCACGAACAACAAGCGUCCAGUGGUGCACAAGUAUCACACUUUCCGCAAGAUUUCUCCGAAGAAUGAAGUUACCUCCUCUGCUGCCACCGACAGUAGCGCCGCCGCCGUCACCACUGCCACCAGCAAUAGCGGCAGUAGCGGUCGUCCUGCCACGUCAUCGCAGUUGCUGAAGAGUCUCCUUGAAUCCGGUGGUGGUAGUGCUCUCCCAAAUGCCCACUCCUCUCACCAGCCUCGAGCGCCUUCUGCUCCGCCUCCUCUCUCUACUCCUACGCCGCUGCCGCCACCUCCACCGCCUUCCUUGAGAGCACAUGCAAGCGGGCUUUGUGGCUCUUCCCUGUCAGUGGCUGCAGCUAAGUUUAACCAGCCACCAGCCCAUCAGAGCCGUGGAACCUGGCAAUUAGGUGGUCGAGCCAUUGUUAUUGGAGCCUCUAUCACCACACCUUCCAACUCGACUCACCGUCUGCAGUCACUUUCAAUGCCGCCGCCGUCGUCAACACCACCACCCGCGACACCACCCCCACUGACUUCGACGGAUUCCAGCAGCACUGCUAAGUCGGUGGAGGUGAUCACUUUGGACGCGGUUCCACAUGCCGUGCUUCAUGUAGCCGUCAAAGGACGCUCGAAAGCGGAUAACUGA